CCACCUCGAUCUCAUCAUAUAACAGAUGUAACUUAAGAGUUGAAGCAUCUAUAAAGAAUUUGACAUUUUAUCAGUUUUUGGAGAAAAACAACACUAAUUUAACUGAUUUAAUGUUUCUCUUGCUCUACAGACAUUAAACAUCUUGUGCUGUGUGCUUUCUUAAGUAUAAACCAAAAGUUAUUCUGUACUUUUUACUCUGUUUAAUUCAUGCUACAUCAGCAUCUUGUUUAACUCAGUUUUCACGUUUUGGAGGUCCCAGCCCUCAGAGAUAAUCUUUGCAACAUAUGUACUCAGUUUACCAUGAGGCAUUGUGGGUAAAAACAUCAAACAAGGGCCAGAUGUUCUGUGUUACAUAAUGCAGACCCACUAUACAUGUCUUUGUGACUGUAAAUGCUCAUUCACACUCCUAUAAGACAUUUGUGUGUAAGAAGAGGUGUGCUAAGGGUAACAGGUUCAGCAACAUGUGUCCUCCAUGCACACAUGCAUGAACAGACUUAUUGCCCUCUUCCAACAAUGAAUAUAAUCAAGGCUGAUAUUUUCUCAUCAAAUCCAGUCCAUGUGUGCCUGUGUGUACAUACGAGAGGCCACAUAACUCUAUCCAUCUUAUUUUUCAAACCUAUAGUUUCUCUCCUGGGCUUAUAUUUCUAAAUCCAAGCACUCUGGACCCCAUAUGAGAACUCCAAAGCCACUAGUCAGUCUGUCAUUUGUGGCUUUUACCUCCAUACUGCAGUUUCCUCGUAGCCUCAUUUCAAAGAGCUGAAGACAGAUAAAACUAAAUAUUUGAAAGAAAGACAAGGUGUUUAAGGAUAAGUUCUUGGUGAAGAAACCAUCUCAUUCUGUCCUUAUUCAGAUAUCUAUAGUCUACUGUUAAAUUACAUAAUCUAGCACUAAUGUUUUUUUCAGUAUUUCGGCAAGUUAGACCCACAGUACCUCAAGGAUUUUUUGGAAAAAAAGAUACAUCAAACUCCUCAAAGACAGCUCUCUAACUUGGUUUUUACUGUCAGGGACUCUUGACUCUUUGCUGGUUAUCCACAUGAAUUUGAAAUGUUCACCACAGAUGAAACCCUAAAAAUGUUGAUUUUGGGUUAAUGGUUUCUACACUCUUUUCACUGAAUUUGUUUGACUUUUUAAAGUUCCUCUGGUAAAGGAAGCAAGCGUGAGCCCCAUAAAGAAAAGCAGUAUUCUGAGCGUCUCUUUAAUUGUAAAAUGUGUUAAUCUGCUGUACAUCUAAAGGGACAAAACAUGCCUCACAAACAUCCAACUCCACCAAACUAAACCUCUGUUGCUCUCUCUCUCUGUCGCUUUCAGGUUGUGACAGCCAUGUUGACCUUGUGUUUGAGACUACUUCUGCUCCUCCCUCUGGUCAGCUGCAUCCCCUCCUCCUCCAAACCUCCUUCCAGACUGUGCCGGCGGUGCUGUGACCACCAUGAGCCCCCAGCAGCCACCACCAAAUAUCAGAUGCCCGAAGUCCAAACUAUCAUCAACAUGACAAUCCUUAAAGGUACCACAGCUCGGAUACACUCCUUUAUUAUCUGGAUAACUUGCAAUAUACCGACAUGAGCUUUAAUAAAGCAGUGCUGCUGAAGGCUAAACAUUUACAGUUUUUCAGCACUGAGACCAAAGCCAGACUUUCCUUAAACAAUGAAGCUGGAUGCUUCAAUCUGGAACCAUUUAUACAGUCAGUCUGUGGUUAGCGCUGUGAAAAGAACCAGACUGCUGUACAACAGUGACUUUAAAGCUUCUGACAGUGUACGUCAAAGGAAAUGCUUCAGGAUCUGUGAAUCUAUGUAAGCUUUGACAUUUGAAUGUCUACAUACACGGUUACAGCUGUACUGAAGGUAUAUCUUUAAGUCAAAGUUAACAUUCGACAGAAAAGUGGGAACAUUUGCUUUUCAGAAAGCCAAAAUACAUAUACAUGCUCAGUCAAGCCAGCGUGCUUACGAAUAGCAUCAAGAGACUUCAUGACCUGUCACUGGAUGUCCAAGGUUUGGAGAUUUAAUCUGAAACAGAUGUUGAAAACCUUUAAGAACCAUGCAAAGGUUACAUCUAUGCAUUCAUCCCUACAUACGUUACAUGGCACAAAGUUAAAGAGGCCCGGUCUGACAGAGAUCUGCAGCCAUUUUGACCCAAUCUGGGAUAGACUCAAAUGUAAAUAAACCUGACCCUAUAAUCUCUGUCAGGCAGCCUGUUGCACCUCUUUGUUUUCUGUAGAAGGGUAAAAAGCCACAAAAAAAGAGGGUUUAUAUGCACUGGAAAAAAAUGAUUUAGUGCAUAGUGCGACUGAAACUGGACCUUUUAAGGUGGUAGUCUGACUAAAAUCACACUUCACAUAGUCUGAAUAAUACACCCAGGCGAUACGGUUGGAGAUUGAUUUUCUCUGUCAUGUAUUCUGACCAACGAGCUGAAACUGACAUUUGCAUUCUGCACAUGACCCCAGUGUUUGCCAGUAGUUGAACAGCAUGGAUAUGUUGCCAGGAUACCAGUUACUACCUGGACAGAUGAAGUAAGAGAAUAAAAAGAUGAAACUUUCAUUGACAUUAGUUUUACAUCAUGAAACUGUAUGAAGACCUUCAACAAAGCUUUACUCAAGUGCUGAAGUCUGGGAAACUUGUACCCCCUGGAAGGUCCUACACUUGUUUCCCAUCUCUGACUCACUGUGGACCAUGUCUUAGUCAUACUGCGCGUAUGUGAGAUGAUGAUGGUGUGUUUGUGCUUUGCUGGUUCAUCCAAGAGUGGUAAAGGCCCAGGGGGAAGCAGAAAGAGUUUGGAAAACGUGACAAGAGAAACAAGUGAUUAAAAUACAAGGAUUUCCCACUAUCUAGACACCACACAUCACAGCUGGAUAGGGAUUUGUCGGAACAUGUGCAUCUAAUAUCAGAGUCUUAGCAGCCAACUCAGCUAGAUCAGUCCAAGUGAUGUGUCAUCACUCUUCUGUUUUAUCUGCUGGUGCUCUGAUAGCUGGAGAUGCCAACAGUAUGACCCACAGUUAACCUCCCGAACCCAUGCAACAACAAAAAAAACCUGUUUUCUUUCUCUUUUGUUGAACAUUUAUGGAUCGUUGCAAACUUGCAGUACCUUAUUUCAGUCAAAAUUUUUCAAAAUGUGUAACCAUGACAUUGUUUUUGUGUUUUUGAACCCUGUGCUACAUAUCAAAGAAGGAUCCUUGACAAAGCUGGAAAGUCACGUUUUAUCUUCGCUUGUUAAACCUGUUCAAAUGAAGCGAUGGUACAGAGUGCAGAGGUCCUAAAUUCCAGCUGUGCAAUGAGCAAGGUCUCAUCAUGUGCAUAUACCUGGCACUGAACCUGCUUAUGUGGCAGAAAACAUACACCAACUUUAUUUUCCUUCGUGCUGCUCCGAUUCUGACAGAUGAGAUGAAAUCAAUACACCCUGCUUUGAUUGUGUUUGAGCUUGGGUGUGUUCCUUCAAAGCUGCAGUGACUGGAUUUCAAGAGCAUGACCAACAACCAAAAUUGAACUUUAGAGCACAGUUAGCCAAACCACCUAAACAAAACCAGAACUCUCCCAUGGAAAAAGGAGACAGUGAACCCACUUUCGUUUGACAUCUAUUAAAUUUGAUUUUACCCAGCUUUAAUCUGUUGAGACACAUUGUGUUUUUGUCUUUAUCAGCCAGUUGUACUGCUGAUGCAGAAUAGCUGUAGGGCUGUGACAAAGGAACGUAAUGAAUUAAGCGACUAACAAAAUACUGCAUAUUUGUGCAGAGAUAUACAUAUAUUCAAAAGUACUUUAGAGUGUAACACUGUGGGCUCUAUUUUCGUGCCUCGCCGGAGACGUGCCGCAGGCGCGGCGCAAGUCAGGUCCACCGUGCCGACAAGGCGUUCCCAAGCACAAUUUGGUAUUUUGGUGAGCAGCGCAGCCCGGCGUAAGUAUCCCCCCUCCCUAACUCAGCUCCUCCCAGCGGCGUAAGUCGUAGUGAGGUAGGAGAGAGGGCAUGGAGUGGGUUUAACACAGCCGAGACCUGUUUUCACCAAUCACAUAAGCUCCUCUCCUUGCCUUUGAAUCCGCCACUGGCGAGGCGCAUUAUUAUUUUCAUGAAGUAGUCAAAGAGAUCAAGAGAUGUCUGAAGACAGUUCUGCCACACGAUGGCGACAGAAGGCAGCCCCUCAACAAGUGUCACUGUAAGCGCUGCAUUGGGUGUCCUCCACACUCUCUCAUCUGAGCACAGAUGGAUUUGGUGUGUGUAAUGUUGGACCCACUGGUAAGACAAACACCCCUUUCCACAAAUAAAGACACUCAAAUAAAGUUGCUCAUAUUCAAACCUCACGUGACAAAGGUGGGUUGAGUGCACAGAUCACAACAUAAACUCCAAAAAUGGCAUUAAAAUCGGAACCAUCUGUGCGUAAAUGACGCAUCGCGCUCUGUGGCCUGGCUCUUUCUUUCAUAGAUGUUGGCAUAUAAAAUAAAUUUGGCUCACAAAACUGAAUAAUAUAAUAUUUGCAUGUAGGCUUAGAGUAAAUAACUCAUCUGAGCACGGAAACAAAUUAUCUGUUCAGCCGCUGCAGGACAAAGAGAGGACACGGAGACAUGUCCAGGUCGAGCUGCGCGAUAAAUAAGAGGAAGAAAGAAAAGGAGGGAGACGAAUCACAUAUCUUGUUAACUUCAUCAUGUGUGUUUAUUUACUAGAUAUUUAAUUUAAUUUAAUGCGGUUUCAGCUGUGUUGAUUCGGUCAGGUUGUGUGUCCAAACGCGUGCCAAACGCGCUCAUCAGAUCAGAUAUAGAUCAGAAUAUAUCUAUAUAGAUCUAAAUGUAUGUGCUGACUCAGAUUAAUAGUUGAUAAUUAUUUAUUGCACUGAAAUGUGCCUGACACUGUGGAAACCUGCCGGUGAGGCAUCGGUGACGUAUGCCGGUACGCCGCCGGUCUACCAAAAAACUACUAGACCAGCUGCGCUCCGCCUGCGCUGAAAGCUGACCAGGUUUGAAUCGGAGAGCUUUCAGCGCACUUUACAUGCCACUGGCGAGCACGAAAAUGUCACUGCGCCUGUUGAUUCUGUCGACACCUCCCCCUGCCAUGCCGCCACGCCCAGCUUGGCAGAUCUCAGUUCGCCUCCGUGCGCCUCAGUCCACGAAAAUACCAAACUGGCUGUACACCGGGCUCCGCCAGACGAAAAUACAACUGCGCGGGGUCCGCCACCCUCUGUUGCCUCACCGGCGUACACGAAAAUAGAGCCCUGUGAAACAAUUAGAAAAGAGGGUUUUCUCCCUAACUUUGCCUUAAUGCGGCUCAAACACCACUUGUACUUUUAACCCUUUUCUGUAAUUGCUCAAGUUUUCACAACAAAAACAAAUAAAAAUGCCAGAUUGUAUCACUGAUUGAUUGAAGGUACAUCAGGAGACAGGUUUAAGGGUCAGUUCUCCUUGAGUUCAAUAGCUUUUUGCUGAGAUUUCAUCAUGCAGCUUGAAUUUCUUUACACUUUAGUAUGCUUCAGAAUAGUGAGUAAUGUAAAAAUUCUUUGCCUUUAGACUUACCAUGAAAAAAUGGUUUAGGCCUCAAACAAUGCUGUGAAACUACUUUGGACAGGACCACAAUGAAAAUUUGCUGUCAGCUCACGUCGGCCAAUGGUAGGAUCAGUUGAUGUGCAGUGGGCUAAGCUUGUCUUUGUGUCCUGCCUGAACUAACACAUUGAUUUUCAUUGACUGUUGUUCACCUUUUUAACAUAGGAUUGUUUACUGUCUCUCUGUGUUUAAGUUGUGUAGAGUUGCUGUUAUUUUCUAUAAGGGGAACAGAUGCAAAGUGCAGAAAACCAACAGCUCAGUUGAAGGCAGAUGGGAUCAGCUGAGGGUACACUAGGAGAGCAACUCAAAGUACUUCUCUUCAGUGAAAUCCUUGAACAUCACAGAAAUGGUUCAAUCAGGGUUUGGGUUCCUUGGGAUCUAAAUUGUACUUUGACAUACAGGUGAUUAUGGAUAUUCAGAUAAAGAAUAAGGCAUGUGCAGAGGUGCUGCUAAUGCGCUGCAAGUAGAAACUGAUCUCGCUCUCUCAGGGCUCUUUGUGUGGACACUGGUCACAGCUGCAUACAUUAUAACAGAUUAACAGAUAUAAACAGAUUGAGCAUCUGUGCGGAGGAUCACUGGUAUUUACUCUAGGACUGCAGGGAGUGUUGGUCAUGACGAGCAAGGGCAGCACUGCAGCAGUUUCAUCACAACUGCUUCGUAGAGAUAUUGUAGUGAAUCCCCGUAGGGUUUGUCACCUUGUGAACUAAUAUUGAUCACGAGCAGCCAAAAUGUGCAACAGCAGAGCAUUCAGGAUCACAUUAAUCAUCAAUACGAUCCAUAUUAUCAGAUAUGGCGUUACAGUGUAAAGAGUGAAAGAAAAUUAAGAACUAUUUAUGGAAGCCAACACCUAUUGUUCCCAGUAAGUGGUGCAAUUUCUAUGACUAAAAUGUGUUUGAAAAUGAGUUCAGGCUUGUACAUUUUGGGGCAGAUUGCACAUUGCGUGUAAAAACUAGUACCAUGUGUUUCCGAAAGGUGGCACUAUGACUGUAAUAAAAACAAAAUAUAUAUAAAAAUAUACUGUCUAUAGCUGUACAGUUUCAUGAGGUAGAUAAAAUAACUUCCUGUUCCAUAGAGAUACACCAAAAAAGGAUGCAUUGCAAGGGAUACACCCUUGAGGAACAUGCACAGUCCUGGGUUUAAUUGGUUUAGGGUAUGAGUGCAAAAGGAUUUUUUGUAGGCCUUUGCAUAAUUUAUAUGCCUUGCUAUUUUCAUGCAUGAAGACAGAACCUAGAGUAUUGGAUAUUUGAAACUGGGAUGACACUAUGGCUUAGAUUUGGAACAUGUUAAAGCUGCCAAAUUUUAGAUUCCUGAAGGUAAGGAAGGACAGAGAAAGAAAAAUGAUUCCUAAAUUCCUUUUAAGGCUUAGACCAUGUUGUUAAUGUUACCUCAGUGCUUACUCUUACUCCAUCAGAGGGCAAAGAAGUUCAAACAUUUAAUAAAAAUGUGGUCUGACUCAGCCUGUAAAACUCCCAACAUGUUCACAUUGUUUUAAACAGACCCCUCCUCACACUUGAAGAGAACAUUUUGUCUUACUGGCCAAAGGAGCUCAGAUUCCAAAUAAGCGUUGGUUUAACUGAAUCACUGUCGAUUUAUAGGAGAGAUUUAAAAAGCCUUCCCCUAGUCUGUGUUCAUGUCUGAUCUGUGACAGUAAAUAAAGACACAAACAGCUCAGUGUGCAUUACACUGUGAUAAGAAUCUGUGAGCAGGAAGAGUUUUAGCCAUUGAUUUACUCAGUAUGAGCUUCUCUUUAGUAAAACAAAGGUUGACCUCUGUAAAUCAGAAUUUUGGUAUCUUUGGUACCAACUUUUGGCAGUAGAAUUGCAAGGGUAAUUCAGUUCAAUACACAAGGAACACUGUCCAAUAAAGUUCUACCGGCCUAAUCUUUGGGUAGUGCCUCCUAGAGUACAUGGACUUUGGGGUGGCACCAAACCUUUCUGACUGGUGAAGUACAGAUUAAUCCUUUCAUUUUUUUAUGUGAUAAGCUCGAGGAACCUUUUAGUCUUUAGUAAAGAAGUUUGUGGACUAAAAUUAUCUUGCACAUGCACAGGCAUGCUGCUCAGAAAAUCAUUAGAUUUAUCAGCACAUAUUGUGGGCUUCCUGUUUGAUGAAGCUUCCUCCUGAAAUGUAGAGUAAAAGAGACCAAGUAAUUGUAAGAGGAAACAUAAUCUUGGUAAAGUGAUUUUUGGAAGAUCUUAGUGUGUUUCCACUUCAGGGAACAAGUUCUUAAUUAAGCCCAAGGGAGUUUCGUAUCUGAAAAGCCCUCCAAGCCCUUUACUUUGGGUCAUAUCUUGCGCACUUUUAGUUCUUAAUUGUUGGACUACAGCCAUGGCUGUAACCUUUAUCCUCCUGAAAGGAGGCUCUAGACCAAAAGUCUGUGGUACUUUCAGUCUGAAUGUGACUAGUUUUUCUCAGGAAUAGAUUAUGUCCCUGGAGUAAUUAUCACUCAUCCCCGUUUCUCUUUCCCCUGUAAGGUGAUAAAGGAGACAGAGGUGAUAGAGGCACACCUGGAAAGCCUGGCUUGGAGGGACCUCACGGCUUUCGUGGACCCGUGGGCCCUAAAGGCAGCAAAGGCCAAGCAGGUGCUCCUGGAGACCCCUGCAAGAUCCCUCACUCUUCCUUCUCAGUUGGACGUCGCAAGUCCCUGCACAGUGUGGACUAUUACCAGGCGCUGGUGUUUGACACUGUCUUCGUCAACCACCACGAGCACUUUAACAUGUUUAAGGGGAAGUUCUACUGCUUCGUGCCGGGGGUCUACUUCUUCAACGUGAACAUCCACACCUGGAACUUUAAGGAGACCUACCUGCACCUCAUGCACAACAACGAAGAGCAGGUGAUCUUGUAUGCUCAGCCCAGCGAGAGGUCCAUCAUGCAGAGUCAGAGCGUCAUGCUGAAUCUGUCUCUGAACGACGAGGUCUGGGUUCGACUCUACAAGAGGGAGAGGGAGAAUGCUGUUUACAGCGACGAUGUGGAUGUUUACAUCACUUUUAAUGGAUACCUGGUGGCACCUGGCUUCCAAUGAAAAUGGAGUAAACAGAUUAAUGACAGGAGUGACAGAAUCUCUGGGAUUAUUUGCUCUUUUUUGCCAUAGAUACUUCUCUAUGCCAAUAAUUCAGAGCCAAAUAGUGGACAUUGCAAGUUUGGUGCUUAUGAAAUAUUCUUCUCAGACUGGAGAGGAACAAACUUUUUUUUAAUGAGGCUGCCCAAAAAAAACUACUAGGAUAAAAAGGAACAGAAAAGAGAAAGGUAGCACAGUCUGAAUUAGGAAAGAAUGUUCAAUUACUUUCUGAAUCAAAAAAGGAAUGCUUUCCCUUUUCUGUGCUGUUCUCAUUUUAGUCUUGAAUCACCUUUUUCAGGGAGUUUGUGAACACAAAUAACGUGCAAUCAGCAAUGUAUUUGUUCCAUGGUGCUUUUUUAGAGAGUUUCUGGUAAAGUUGAAUAAAUCUUGACUGUUGCUUGUUUUUUACCUUAAAAAAAUGAUUAUUUUGGUCCUUUCUUUGGAGGAGGUCCGUUCACCAAAAAUACCUGAAGUUGUCCCAGAAAAAGUCAAACUGUGCAAGUAAUCUUUUGUCAUUGAAUUUUAAAGCAGGUUACAACCUACCAUGCAGCAACAGGUGGAGAGAGGAGAGCAGGGAGAGGAGCACUAUCCACUAAAGACAAAUAUGCUCCAAAAUGCAACUAAGGUGAAAAGGACCUCAAAGACCUAGUGCUGAGAUCCUUAAUUGAAUUGCUCCCUUGCUUACCUCUUCCUCUGGGGAAACUCUAGAGGUGAUGUUGGCUAAAUGUAAUAAUUUCCCGAGAAACUUCAUAUGAACAAAAGGUGCUUCAUUAAUGUUUUUAACAAGACCUUAGGGAUUUCAAGUUUGAAUAGUAGGCAUCUUUGUGGACUUCAAACUGCAGAGCAGUUUGUGUACAUAUUUGUGUGAUGCCUCUCUGCCUGGAAGAAAUCAGCACUAGUAUUCACACACUUUUGCUGUUCUGUGUAAGUGUGAGGGCUCUAUUCUUGUGCCCGCUGGUGGUGAAGCAGAUGGUAGCACACCCCGCGAAGUGGCAUUUCCGUCUGGCGGAGCUCGGCGCACAGUCAGUUUGGUAUUUUCGUAGACUGAGACGCACAGAGGUGCAUCAAGCUGGGCGUGGUGGUUCGGUAGGGGGAGGUGUCGACAGAAUCAGCUGGUGCAGUGACAUUUUCGUGCUCGCCAGCGCCAUAUAAAGUGAGCUGAAAGCUCGCUGAUUCAAACCUGGUCAGCUUUCUGCGCAGGCGGAGCGCAGCUGGUCUAGUGAUAUUUUAUCAGACCGGUGGCAUAGUGCACAUAUGUCACCGAUCACUCACCGGCAGGUUUCCACAGUGUCAGGCACAUUUCUGUGCAUUAAAUAAUCAACAUCAACUAAUAUUCAGUGCAACUAUCUGAGUCAGCACAUACAUUUAGAUCGAUAUUAAUAUAUUCUGAUUUAUAUCUGAUGAGCGCGUUUGGCACACGUUUGGACACUCCACCUGAAUCAAUUAACUCAGCUGAAACUGCAUUAAAUUAAAUAUCCAGUAAAUAAUCACACAUGAUGAAGUUAACUAGAUAUUUAAUUAAUCUCCCUCCUUUUUCUCUCUUCUUUCUCGCGCAGCUCGACCUGGACAUGUCUCUGUGUCCUCUCCCUGUCCUGCUGCUGCUGCAGCGACAAGGCUGGACAGAUGAUUUAUUUUAAGUGAUCAGAUGAGUUAUUUACUUUGAAAAUUUGAAUAGAAAAAAUUAAAGAAACUUUCAUUCAAAAUUACAUGUUUAUCUGAUGUUCUCAAAUCCUAAAAUUUAUGUGAAUAUUCAAUCCAGAUUGAGGCACACAUAUGAAUGUUAUAAUAUUCAGUUGUGAGAGCCAAAUUUAAUUUAUAUGCCAACAUCUAUGAAAGAAACAGCCAGGCCAGGGAGCGCAAUGCGUCCUUUACACGCAGGUGGUUCCAAUUUUAAUGCAAUUAUUGGGAUUUAUGUUGUCAUCUGUGCGCACAACUCACCUUUGUCAUGUGGGAUUUAAAUAUAUGCAACUAGAUGUGAUGUCUGCAUUUGUGGAAAAAGGGUGUUUGUCUUACCAUUGGGUACAACCUUACACACGCCAAAUUCCAUCUGUGCUUAUUUGAGAGAGUGUGGAAGACGCCCUCUGCAGCGCUUACAGCGAUACUUGUUGAGGAGCUGCCUUCUGUCGCCAUCGUGUGGCAUUGCUGUCUUCAGCCAUACAAGAUACAAGAUACAAGAUGCUUUAUUGUCAUUGCACUUUUGCACAAUGAGAUUGCAUUUACAGAUGGGGAAAGAACACACAAGAGGGAGGGAGAAGAGGUCAAAAAAGAGACUGCUCUCAUUAAUAUGAGUGUAGUGACCAAAAAAACCCUCAGCAACAUAAGCACAUUACUGACACCACAUACACAGAGAUUCGGAGACAUGCUUGGUUGUUGAGGGAGGGGGGGUAGUGGAAUGGGUCAUCUGUAAGGUGGGAAGCCCGCAGCCACUGCCCAUAGUGUGCGCCACCAGUGUGUGUGAAUGUGCAUGUGUGUGAAGGUUCAUGGAUGCGUGUGUGCGUAGGCCCAGGAGGUCACUCCGUCCAUUGCCACAAUCUUGGUGACCUUGAUUGGGUUCAACACGAAGUCAACAAUCCGCAGGUGUCUGUGAAGGAGGGGUUUGGGGAGGAAAGUUCAGAGCGUCGAAUUGCUGAGAUCUCCUGGAGGAGUUGUGCCAGCGUCGACCUUGGCCAAGGCCGAUACCGAGGGAGCCGAAUAGUAGAUUAGAAUGUUUGGGUAAGGGCGAGUAGCCACAUUCCAAUAGACUUCAGCUACUCUAAUUGUCCAUCCUGGUCUCUGUAUCGAUCCAUUUCUUUUGCAAAGUUGAAAGCCUCUCCAAGAUGACAUCUCCCUUGCGAUCCCCAAUCAUAACUUGAUGUUGAAGAUUGGAGACCGCCCCAGAAAGAGUUCCUACGGCUUUUCCCACCUCAAAAAUUAUAACGGUCAGCCUCUGGGGGCUCUUGAUCGCUGCCAGUAUCUCCUUGUUUUGUAGAUAAAUCAGGGCUAAGCAAAGGCCAAACAGCAACAGACCUGUUAUCAUGGUUCCGAAAAGGUAGACAUCUUCCACAUCCUCCACGGAAAGGACCGACAGGCACGCGACGCGCCAGUUCCCCCAGCCAUCUCUUAAUCUCUUCGACUACUGCACAAAAAUUGUAAUACGCCUCGCCAGUGGCAAGUUUAAAGGUGAGGGUAGGAGCUGAUGUGAUUAGUGAACAGGUCUCCGCUGUGUUAAACCCACUCCAUGCCUUCUCCCCUCCCUCUCUACGACUUACACCGCUGGGAGCAUCUGAGUCAGGGAGGGGGAUACUUAUGCUGGGCUGUGCCGCUCACCGAAAUAUUAAAGUGUGCUUGGGCAUGCCUUGUCAGCGUGACUUACACUGCGUCAGCGCCACGCCGCCAGCGAGGCACGAAAAUAGAGCCCUGAGUGUUUUUUUUCCUCACUCAACAUCUUUGCUCUGUAUCUCCGAGAAACAAAGGGACACUUAAUAAUGAAAACAUCACAAGACAUUCAUAGUCACUUUUCUGCAGAGAAAUCUGAUAUUUUUAAUUCUUAACAAAUGACACUGACAACUUU